UAUUGCGCUGUGUGCGUUGAGUUGGCCUUAUCUGGACUCUAUCUAUCUCCUUCAUUCUUUCGGUUACAUUUCUUCUUCUUCUUCUUCUUCUUCUUCUUCUUCUAAGCAAAGUAACCACAGUGGCAUCAAUGGCAUUCUCUUCACUCACUUCAAUUCCUCUUUCAUCUUCUUCUUCUCUAUACGCUCCUUCUAUUUCUUCUCCAUUUCGCGCAUUUCCUCAAUCAAACUUUCACCUAAAGAGGAACAACAACUAUUCCAACUUCUCCCUUAAAGCACAAACCCUAAACUUUACUGGUUCCUUCUUUGAAGGUGGAUUGGGUUCUGAUGAUGAUGAUGAUGACGACGACGAUGAUGAUGAUGUUGUUAUUCCAGGGUUUGCUGAUCUUGAAGAAAGAGAAGAACCCGAAUGCCCGCCCGGACUCAGACCGUACGAAACCAUGGUGGUUCUGAGGCCUGACAUGUCUGAGGAUGAACGUCUUGCAUUCACCCAGAAAUAUGAAGAGCUUCUUGUUGCUGGAGGUGGCAUGUAUGUAGAGGUUUUUAACAGAGGUGUUAUUCCACUAGCAUAUAGCAUCCAGAAGAAAAACAAGGAAGGAGAGACCAACACCUAUAUGGAUGGCAUCUACCUCCUAUUCACCUACUUCACGAAGCCAGAGUCCAUAGCCGUUCUUGAAGAUACACUAUUGAGGGAUGAUAAUGUUAUCCGAUCAACGAGCUUUAAAAUCAGGAAAAGGAGAGAUUAGUUUUUUGGCAUCUCGAGUAGCUCUGAAAAAAGGAUGGAUAGAAAAAGAAUGUAACAUUCGUCAUUUGUUGUUGUGGUAUGAUUUUUUUUCCCUUCAUUUUCAUAUGUAUUAAAGUAUUUUUGUAACAUUGUUGGUUUAAAUUAAAGGAGAGAUGUAUGUGCUAUUACUAGCAGUGUGCAGAGUCAUAAUGUCUAGUACAAAGUGCUGUAUAUUAUCAAUUAAGGUAUAAAUUUGUCAUCGGGUUGUUCA